AUGACAGAAAGCUUCCUGAACGAGUUCGGGGCAGCGAACUUCCAGUUCAAGGACCUCGUCGAGCAGGAUGUUGCAAAGAAGGCCAAGCGCGAGGGUGGCAGCUCCAAAAUUGAGUCGGAAACUGUCGGCUCAGCCUCGUCGAGCUCUGCAACGUGGGUGGCAGGCAACAUAGAGCCAGCGGAGCCAGCGGUGCCAGCCAUGGCGAAGCCAGUGGAGCCGGAGGAAGCGGAGCUGGAGCCAGCACCUGCGCCCGAGGCGGAGGUCAAGGAGGAGGUCAAGGAGGAGGUCAAAGAGGAGGUCAAAAAGGAGGUCGAGAGUAGGCCCGCCUGCACUGAGUCCAAGCGAGCAAAGCAGCGGGCUGAGGGCCGCAAAAGGCCGCGGGGGGGCGACAAAACCAAGCGGGUAUGGUACGACCAAGGCCGCCGCUGA